AUGUCGGAAGAGAGGAGGGGGAUCUCCCUCCGGAAGGGAGGCAAAAGGAACCCGCGGCCCAAGAUCAGCGCGCCCCGUCAGAUCUCGGAGCCCAUCGCCAACGAUGGCGUCCCCGUCCCAAGAAGCUCGGGGGGCGCGAGGCCCAUGGCUGCUGAGGUGACCCCUCGCCCGAGACCACCUCCUCAGGCUGGCGGGAAGACAUCGGACUAUGUGAAGCGUCGAUACUCUACACGGUACAACAUUCCGGACAACUUCGAUGUCACGGCCGCACCCCCGAUGCCAACCAUGCCCACCCUUGACAAGUACGAGCCAUACCGGAAGCCAGCAGCAGCGGAACCCCCGAGAUCAAGGGGAGGUCCGGUCGGCGGCACGCCAGCCGUCGAUGUCAAGUCUCUGAGAGAUCCAAGACUCAACCCUGAUGCAUACGUCACCAGCGCGCUGGCCAACGCUACAGAGGACGAGAUACCAGACUUCGAGGAUCAGCUACAGAAGCUGAAGAGCCGGGCUUCGAAUGACCUGCAGCAGAAUGUGUACCAGAAUAGAACUCAGUUCAUAAAGAUCAGCAAAGAGGCAGAGAAGCUCAAGGAAGAAAUGCGGAAUCUGAAGAACCUCAUGUCGGAACUGAAGACGAAUACGACAGUGCUCCGGUCUGCUUCCUCCCGGAACGAAGAGUCCCCCGGGACUAACGGGGACUCUUUCUCUUCCGGAAUGAGCAAAAGAGACAAGCGGAGCUCCGUCGUGGACAGAGCCGCUCUGUGGAACUCGCAGAUGCAGGCACUUUACAAGAUGAUUGAAGGUUCACAGAAGUUCUUGCCAAACUCAGUUGGCCGCCAUAUCAUCCAGGAUGCUGGGUCCUGGAUCGAGCUGGACAACGCGACAUACAAGUCGAGACGCUCCAUUCAGAUUGUCUUGUUGAACGACCAUCUACUUAUUGCAUCUCGUAAAAAGAGGAAGACGGACAACCCCGAAGCGCGAGGCCCAGCUGUCAAGCUGGUCGCCGACCGCUGCUGGCCUGUCCUUGACAUCGAAGUCGUGGAUAUGGCAGGGACGCACGAAUCGUCCAGCAGCAGGACUAAGCUUACAGACGCCAUCAUGGUCCGUGGUGUGGGACAGGAUUCCGUUAUUUAUCGUACAGAGAAACCGGACGAUCCUGAGAAGCGCUCCCUUAUGCUCAACAUCCGCAAAGUGGUGGAAGACCUCCGGAGGAACAUACAGUCCGAGAGAGAAGCCAACAACAAAGCCAAAGAGACCAUCAACUACUUCGCGUCGAGGGAUCCGGGUCUUCUGCAAAAGACAGAGCUCCUCGAGACCCUAUCCGACAUCAAGGACAUGCUCAUCGAGGUGGAUGGGAAACAGCAGAAUCUUCGAUGGGUCGAGAGCCAGAUGGACGAGCUUGACAUUGACAUCGCCUUGCAGCGAAUUGAGCCGGCUGUGGUCCGAGUGGAGAAGCUGAAGAGCCUCUCGCGGAGCCUCAAGAACAAUGCUGUCGCACAAGACUUCAUUGAAUUCAAGGUUGAGGAAAGAUGCUCCCGCUUGGCUGGGCUGAUCACACGCGAGCUGAGCAGCACACACAGCGAAGUGAGCAAGACCAAGCUGCACGUCAGCUGGCUUAGUCGGCUUGGCUACGAGGACCGCGCAAGGGAGGCAUAUCUUGAGGCGAGGAGCAGCAUCAUCCAGAAACGCUCCCGCCAAUGUGUCUUCCAGGGAGACCUGCAUCUCUACAUCUGGCAAAUCUCCUUCGUGUACUUCACCGUCAUCAAAAACACUGUAGGCUGCUUCCAGGGAUGUUUCCCGCCGCCCACGAUGAGUGCCUGUGUCAAAUGGGCCAAGGAGGAGGUCGAGGCAUUCAAUGUCAUCCUAGCAAGACAGCUCAGCAGCACCGAACACGGGAGCGAGGCGUGGACGAAGUGUAUGGAGCGGGCUAAGGAGCAUGCGCAGAUGCUUUCUGACGUUGGACUGGACUUCCGAAAUCUUGUUGGACAGGAGCCACCGGCAGUCAAUGGCAAUGUGCCCAAUGAGCCGGUUGGACUGGGCUUGUCGCGAUUUUCCUUGCUGCAAGACCUUGAGGCAUGGCGCGAUGCACGGCUGCAACUGCCCUCGUGCGAAAAUCACCGACUGCUUCCCACCGCGGGCCCAAAACGUCAUUGUGUCCUGCCGCCGCGAUCGAACCCCGUCGACGACCUUGCCACGGCGAAUCUCGUCCCUAGCAAGAUAACACCUUAUCUACCGGUCGAGAAGACCCCAGAGGUCAUCAUGGACACUAACAUGGAGGAUGUCGGGCGCGUGCCCGCCGACCUGCCCGCCGCACCUCCCUUGGAGCCCACCACCAUCCCCACGCUGGACGGAUGGAUCGAGGGUCUGAUGAGCUGCAAACAGCUCGCAGAGACAGAUGUUCAGAGGCUUUGCGAGAAGGCGCGGGAAGUUCUUCAGGAUGAAUCCAACGUCCAACCAGUCAAAUGCCCAGUGACCGUGUGCGGUGACAUCCACGGCCAGUUCCAUGACCUGAUGGAGCUGUUCAAGAUUGGUGGUCCAAACCCAGACACCAACUACCUCUUCAUGGGUGACUACGUUGACCGUGGUUACUACUCCGUCGAGACAGUGACCCUGCUCGUCGCUCUGAAGAUUCGAUACCCUCAGCGAAUCACCAUCCUCCGCGGCAAUCACGAGUCGCGCCAGAUCACCCAGGUGUACGGAUUCUACGACGAGUGCCUCCGCAAGUACGGUAACGCGAACGUCUGGAAAUACUUCACCGACCUCUUCGACUACCUCCCCCUCACCGCCCUAAUUGACAACCAGAUCUUCUGUCUCCACGGAGGUCUGUCCCCCAGCAUCGACACCCUCGACAACAUUCGGGCCCUAGACAGAAUCCAGGAGGUUCCUCAUGAGGGCCCUAUGUGUGACCUUCUGUGGUCCGACCCUGAUGAUCGAUGCGGGUGGGGAAUCUCGCCUCGUGGUGCGGGUUACACGUUCGGUCAGGACAUAUCGGAGGCGUUCAAUCAUAACAACGGAUUGACCCUGAUCGCUCGGGCUCAUCAGCUGGUCAUGGAGGGCUACAAUUGGUCCCAGGACCGGAACGUCGUGACCAUAUUCUCAGCUCCCAACUACUGUUACAGAUGCGGCAACCAAGCCGCAAUAAUGGAGAUCGACGAGCACCUGAAGUACACCUUCCUCCAAUUCGACCCUUGCCCGCGUGCUGGUGAGCCGAUGGUUUCAAGAAGGACACCAGACUACUUCCUCUAA